AUGAAAACGGGAUUGGGAAAGAGAGAGAAAGAGAGAAUCGCCAACAUUUUUGGCGAGGGUAUCUACAAUAAAGGGAAAAUCACGGAGUUCAUCCAGGAGGAUGAAGUUGCAAUGGGUGCUGUGUUCGCCGGACCAACUUUCCGGAAAGUUCUAUCCAGACGCCUGACAAAGAGCACGAUUCUUGGAGUCAAUACAACAGUUAAACCGGUUUUGACAAAGAAUGAAUGCAGUUUACAUCCUCCAGAAGAUGAAUUUUCAUCGGAAAUCGUAGAGACUUCAAGCAUCUUGGGGGACUUUGACACGGACGAGUUCUCUCCCAAAUUUAUCGUGGAACCCAAUCCAGAGGCCUGGCGACAAAAGGCAUCCAGUUUGAUCUACUCCGGACUUGGACAAAUAAUCGAACAGAUGGUGGUGAACUGGGAGGAGGUUCUGUGA